UAUAGAUUGUACCGCGUUUUCUAUUUAUUUUGUCCAUACCAUAGUCUAGGGCUUUACCUGCCGUUUGCCGUGUACUGGUUCUGCGCGCUUAUUGUUGGAGUUUUUUUGCAGGCCUUGAAGCCUGAGUACACAGUAUACUAUGACUCGCCCCUUGACAUUUGCAAAUACCACAAGGCAUUUCAGGCCAUUCUGUAUGCGUUUUUGUGGAUUUCAUUGUUUAUCAUGGUUAAUAUUCACCGGAAGAUCCGUCACAUCAAGAGCUCCUUUAACGAGAUCCGCGAGAUGCUGGUGACAUCCACGAUAAUGACACCUGUGCUUAUAUACAUGACUAAUAUUCAUUACAUGCGCCCAAACUAUCUUUUGACAGGCCACCUGCGCAUAGCAAACACGUCCGUGCAGCAUUUAAUGUUUAAUAUAGUGUGGUGGCUUAUCAUGGGUGUACUUUUUUACAAGUGUAUGUUUGACCAAGAGCAGCGCCUUAAACAAUGGAUUGGUAAGCUGCACAGGGACAGGUUACAGAAGGAGUACAAAGUUGAUUUAAACGCACUUGCCGCUAAUGCCCAAGAGUUCAUGUUGAAGACAAGCUCCGCUGGAGACAGAAUCAUUGCCGGUUUUUACCCAAUGUACGACAGCAUUUACGAGGACAACCCCAGUAAUGCUCCCAACAAGAAGCACGUCAGCUUUUCACAGUCUUCCAAAAUAUCCAUUCCGUCGCAUGGCCGGAGCUCAUACGAACGAAUCACUCAGCUGUCAUCAGCAGUAGGUCGCCACCAAGAGGAUAUUUUACCUGUUGAUACAAACGGCUACGUUGUGCCCCCGGUUGGACCACAGCUUUACAUGCCAGUAUCAGUUCCUGAUAAUGCAGCAAUGGCCCCUCUCAAGCUUAGUCCAGAUCAUAACAGGACUUUGGACAAUUACGACUUGAGCAAUCGCCAUUUGCUUUAUCAUCCGUAUGCAAUAUACUAAUGAAAAUGUAAUUUGUAAUUUCCAGAUGUUUAUAGCGAAAUUCCAGAUUGCUAAGCGGGAGAUUUUAAAACCCCAUUUUCCCCAGUUUUUUUUAGCUUAAAAUGUCAGAAAGUCCAG